GUCAUCCUGAGCAGCUGGGCGGCGGGUGCCGGUGCGCACAGACCGGGGCUCCCGCGGCGACGCGCUGCGCCGGGUUGGGUCCCGCGACUUGCAGAGAGGUGUGGGCACUGCCCGGGCCAGCCCCCCGCCCACUGAGCGCCCGCGCCCAGACCCGGCGCUGAGCUGGGGGGGCAUGCUCUGACCCCUCCCCUCCCAGAGCCCGAGAGGGAACCCAGGAGCGCCGCCGCCCAGCACCCAGAGCGGAACCGCUGUGCAGAAGCUCUGAACGGCCGCCCUCUCUCCACGAGCAGCCCCUGGGGUCUGGGGCCCAACGUCUGGGCUUCUGAGAAAGCCAGGGUGGGAACCCCAACUGGACUCGUCGUGACCCCCAGAAAGGACUCGAGGCCUGAGCCAUCCUCCUCUCUACCCUGCCUGCCCCCCCAGGACUGGGCAGUUGCCGAAGGCCCUGGGGGGGGGCCCAGGACUGUGGUUGUGCCCCCCCCUCCAGCAUGGGCCCAAGUUAGUCAGCCACCUCUCGCUCAGCAUCCUCCAGGGCCAUCGGGAGCGGGAACCCCAGGGUCUCUGAAGGCUUGACCACUGCCUGGCUGUCAUGGAGACGAAGCUGCCCCCUGCGAGUACCCCUACCAGCCCCUCCUCUCCGGGGCUCUCGCCUGUGCCCCCACCGGACAAGGUGGAUGGCUUCUCCCGCCGUUCCCUCCGCAGGGCCCGGCCUCGUCGCUCCCAUAGUUCUUCUCAGUUCCGCUAUCAGAGCAACCAGCAGGAGCUCACUCCACUGCCCCUACUCAAAGAUGUGCCAGCCUCGGAGCUGCAUGAGCUGCUGAGCCGGAAGCUGGCCCAGUGCGGGGUGAUGUUUGACUUCCUGGACUGUGUGGCCGACCUGAAGGGAAAGGAGGUGAAGCGGGCAGCGCUCAACGAGCUGGUGGAGUGUGUGGGGAGCACCCGGGGGGUCCUCAUUGAGCCUGUCUACCCAGACAUCAUCCGCAUGAUCUCAGUGAAUAUCUUCCGGACUCUGCCACCCAGUGAGAAUCCUGAAUUUGACCCUGAAGAGGAUGAGCCCAACCUUGAGCCUUCGUGGCCACAUCUGCAGCUGGUAUAUGAGUUUUUCCUGCGUUUCUUGGAGAGCCCGGACUUCCAGCCUUCUGUGGCCAAGAGAUAUGUGGAUCAAAAGUUUGUCCUGAUGCUCCUGGAGCUGUUUGAUAGCGAGGACCCUCGGGAACGCGAGUACCUCAAGACCAUCCUGCACAGGGUCUACGGCAAGUUCCUGGGGCUCCGGGCCUAUAUCCGCAAGCAGUGCAGCCACAUCUUCCUCCGGUUCAUCUAUGAGUUCGAGCACUUCAAUGGUGUGGCUGAGCUGCUAGAGAUCUUAGGAAGCAUCAUCAACGGCUUCGCGCUGCCCCUGAAGACGGAGCACAAGCAGUUCCUGGUCCGGGUCCUGAUUCCCCUGCACUCUGUUAAGUCGCUCUCCGUCUUUCACGCCCAGCUGGCAUACUGUGUGGUGCAGUUCCUGGAGAAGGAUGCCACCUUGACAGAGCAUGUGAUCCGGGGGCUGCUCAAAUACUGGCCGAAAACCUGCACCCAGAAGGAGGUGAUGUUCCUGGGGGAGAUGGAAGAGAUUCUUGACGUCAUCGAGCCAUCCCAGUUUGUGAAGAUCCAGGAGCCCCUCUUCAAGCAGGUGGCUCGCUGUGUGUCCAGCCCCCAUUUCCAGGUUGCAGAGCGGGCUCUGUACUUCUGGAACAACGAGUAUAUCCUGAGCCUCAUUGAGGACAACUGCCACACUGUGCUGCCUGCUGUGUUCGGGACCCUCUACCAAGUCUCCAAGGAGCACUGGAAUCAAACCAUCGUAUCUCUAAUCUACAAUGUGCUCAAGACCUUCAUGGAGAUGAAUGGGAAGCUGUUUGAUGAGCUCACGGCCUCCUACAAGCUGGAAAAGCAGCAGGAGCAGCAGAAGGCCCGGGAGCGUCAGGAGCUGUGGCAAGGCCUGGAGGAGCUACGGCUACGCCGGUUACAGGGGACCCAGGGGGCCAAAGAGGCCCCCCUCCAGCGCCUUACACCCCAGGUGGCCGCCGGUGGGGGUCAGAGCUAGAGAUCCCGUGGAAGGGGAGGCACUCAACCCAGAGCUAUCAGUCCCUCCAUCCCUCUCCUGCCCAGGGGCCCAGAGAGACACACACCUACCCCUGGCCUCACCAGAGUGGGCUUGGAGGGCUCCCUGCCUGGCCCAGUGUGGGCAGCUUUCACUGUGGGGGAGGAGGAGAGGAGCUGGUGGUCCUGGCAACAGAACUCUCAAGCCCUUGUGGCAGGACUUGACCAGGGCAAGCUUGACCGGAAGCUGCCAUCAGGGAUCUCCCUGCCCUGAGAAGCUGGGCCCUGGACUGCAAGCAGGUCCCCAGCCCCUGCUCCCGGCCAAGGGCAGUGGGACUCAGCUCCUCAUACCCCGCACCUCGUGCCAGCGCGAGGUCCUUCCUCACCCCACCAUGGGCCCCAUGGUCUAUUUAUUCUCCCCUGCUCACCCCCAACACAGAUGCUGUCCUGGGCCUGGGGCACCCUCCUUCCCUCCCCUCCCUCCCCCUGUACUUUCUUGUCCCCUUUUUAUUUAUUGGGCAGGAGGAGGGGUGAGGGCACAGGCAGAAGAGAUUCCCCAUGUCCUGAGGCAAGGUGGGGUCACUGUUACUGUGGUCUGUCCCUUCCCCCUGGCUGGGGGUAGACUUAAUAAAGACAGAAACUCAA